GUUUACGUCUGUCGUGAAAGUAGGUCACAGGAGAGAGUGACAGUUAGCUGGUGGACAGAAUCCGAUUGCUUUUACAGAUACAUACAUUACAGUGUCAUACUAACAUAUUUAGGUAUACGAGACUCCAACGAUCGCAGUGGUAUCCCUGAAAGACAGGUGUGAAGGCUCCUGGUUGGCAUGUCAAGGCGGAGCAGAAACAGCAGGGCGUGGAGGUACGUGUGGAGUGGAAUCCGACGGGAUGCAGAUGCAAGAGCGUUGGUGCUUGCCUCUGAGAAUGAAGAGUGGGGUUAUGAUCGCCAGCAGUACAGUGACUCUGAUUCUGAAGCCGAGUAUCCAGCCAUUGUUCCGGCGGUUCCGAGUGCAGUGCCUGUAACCGGAGAGUCAUACUGCAGCUGUGAUUCACAGAUGGAGCUCAGCUGUAACCCACGGCUCCGGGGUUACACACACUUGCGAGACUGCCACUGUGGAGAGGAUGACCAAGAUUUUGACUGGGUGUGGGAUGAGGGCAGCCGGUCGUCUGCAACGCUGCUGAGCUGUGAGAACAGGAAAGUGAGCUUCCACUCGGAGUAUAGCUGUGGAACGGCAGCCAUUCGUGGCUCCAAAGAACUCUCAGAGGGACAACACUUCUGGGAGAUUAAAAUGACUUCCCCUGUCUAUGGCACAGACAUGAUGGUUGGUAUUGGCACAUCAGAUGUGAAUCUGGACAAAUAUAGACACACAUUCUGCAGCCUGCUGGGUAAAGAUGAAGACAGCUGGGGUUUAUCAUAUACAGGUCUGUUACAUCAUAACGGUGAUAAAGUGAGCUUUUCGUCACGUUUUGGACAGGGUUCCAUUAUUGGUGUUCACUUGGACACUUGGCACGGCACCCUCACCUUCUACAAAAACCGCAAGUGCAUCGGUGUAGCAGCUACAGAGAUGAAGAAUAAGCAUGUUUUUCCAAUGGCGUGUUCCACCGCAGCCAAAAGCAGCAUGAAGGUGAUUCGCUCGGUCUCUGCUCCCACCUCUCUACAGUACCUGUGUUGCUCACGACUCCGCAAGCUGCUCCCGUCUGGAGUCGAUGCCCUCCGAGUCCUGCCCCUGCCGCCCGGCCUCAGACACCUUCUUCACUCCAAACUGGGAUGGGUGCUAAGCCUGGAUCAUACGCACACGCACUCGAACACACACACCCCACCAGGACCCUCCUCGGGCAGUGACUCUGAGGGCUGCUCCUCAGACCCGGAGGCCUGCCAGCGGAAACGUUGCCGCUGGACCUGAGGCUGUGAGUGCAUGUCCAUUAUGCAUCAUUAUGCACACAUCAGAAAAUGUCUCCGCAAAUAAAAAAAAAAGAACCAACAUAUAUAAACACUGGACGGGUGCUGUCAAUCACAACGGUGGAUAACAGGGCUGGCUGUAACUUCAAGGUCAGUCAAGCCUGUUUUACUAGUUGCAUCACUGGUAAAUAUUCAUCUUUCAAGGCUCUAAAGGUAGUUUGCGCCAUCAGGUGACAUUUGGAUAUAUAUUGCAGUAUUCAGUCAUAGUCAGUUUUUAUUAUGUUGUGAACUCCGAGUGGAAUGAAGACCAUCAGCUCUUCAGAAAAAAACAAGAUGUGAACCUCAUGAACCUGUUCUGAUGUGGGAAACAAUAACAUGCCGCCAUCUGAAACGCAGGCAAACACUUCACAAAC